AUGGAUUUAUCAAAGGAAAGUCUGUUGAACUUAAGUUGGAGUGAUUUAUCUUGGUUUCAACAGACGAAUACUGUAUUAAGUGAAGAAACAGCACUGCCGUACUUUUGUCAAAUGGGAAAUCCAUUCUAUGAUCGAUCGAGUUUAAACGAAAGGUUUUAUAUGAAUAAUCUAACAACUGAAGCAAUGAUGAAUGCGAGUGGUAUUGAAUACAUAGUUAUGCAGAAACAAAAUCCAGUUUUAUUCAUUAUUCGUAAACAGUAUCGUGAGAGUCUGAACGAAGCAAGACCACUCCAGGAGUAUUAUAUUCUUGCGCCGGGUCAUAUCUAUCAAGCACCUGAUGCAGCAUCUGUGAUUAGUCAUCGAUUACUAACAGCUGUUCAUCAUUUUGGGAAAGCUUUCGACGAAGCUUCACAGAAAGCUGCCUAUCAUCCAUCGUCGGGAUACUAUUGGAAAACGAAUAGUUCGUCUGAUGAAUUAGCCAAGAAGGAUUCAUCGAAGGAGAAAAUCCUGACACAAACACAACGAAUACGUUUUGAUACGAUCUUUUAUAGUUUCCGUGACCAUUUUCGACCACGUGCACCUGUAGGAGCAACAGCGCAGAAUUCGAUAGCGUCAGCAACAACGAAUAACGAUGCGGUUGGAACAACUAAUGGUACUAGUGGUGGCAGUGGAGAUAAUAACCUUCCACGAAAGGAAGAACGUACACCAUCCGAUUCACAGUCGAUAACAAGUGAACGACCUAUGAUUGAAGUGAAAAAGCAAAAAACUCAAAAAUAG